AAUAAUCUAAACAAAAUAUCAAAAAUAUCAAAGAAUGGCAAUGUUGUUGUCCUUUUCUCAUAUUAUUCAAAUGUCUGAAUGGCAGGCUUUCGAUUCUAUAGUCGCCGAUUGCGGGCCUUGAUAUCUGCGACUACCAUUCAGGUAUCUCUCAUAUGCUUCCUUAUACUUUUGCUUAUCAGAUUCGUUCUUCUUGGUAACCAUGAUCCGGAGCCUUUUCCACCCAUGCCGGGUCCGAUAACAACGGUCGAUGAUCCUGCAAUUGACUGGUUUAAAUUCGCAUAUGUUCAAUAUGUCACCUCGCCCGAAUAUCUCUGUAGCGCUCUCAUGCUCUGGUCUCAGGUCGAGGCAAUUGGUAGUCGUGCUCAACGACUAAUGUUAUAUCCUUCACAUUGGAUACUCGAAGAAACCGAUGAUACUCUCCCCUCCAAGCCUCUCACACCCAUUGCCCGAUUGUUAAAACAGGUGCAAACGGAUUAUUACGUUAAGCUUCAACCGGUGGACGUUUUACAUCAGAAUCACACGGAUCGAGCAACAUGGUCAGAUUCAUAUACCAAGCUUCUCGCUUUCAACCUCACUCAGUUCGAUCGGGUUUUAUAUCUUGAUUCCGAUGCUAUUUAUAUUCAGAAUAUGGAUGAAUUGUUUCUUCUCCCUUCUGCUCCAGUCGCCAUGCCAUAUACUUAUUUUGGUUCGCCUCCAAAUUGGGCAUAUUCCUCUCACUUGUUACUAUUACAUCCGUCGCGUAACCUAUUUCAACAGGUCGAAUCUGCUGUGCAGCAUGUUGGACCAAAUGAAUAUGAUAUGGAUAUCCUGAAUACCCUAUUUGCACCACACAUUCUAGCCAUACAAUCACGACCAUACCAUCUUCUCUCGGGUGAAUUCCGUCGCAAAUCACAUAAGGAAUAUUUGGGCGAUGCGAAAGAACUUUGGGAUCCAGGUGAGAUAUUGGCAGAAGCAAAAUAUAUGCAUUUUUCCGACGGGCCGAUCCCGAAACCGUGGAUCAGAGCCACGAAAGAGGAAUUGAAUAAAUACAUGCCGAAUUGUGGGGAGAAUGAAUGGUUUGGAGCGACGGAUUGUAGAGAUAGAACCAUUUGGUUGGGUUUGUAUGGGAUGUUUGCGAGGAGGAGAAAGGAGGUUUGUGGGGUGGGGUUUGAGUUACAACAGAGGAUUUUGAUUGGUGAUAAAGGGUUUAAGGGUUUAAAGGGCGAGGUGGGAGCUGAAGGAUUGGUGUAGAUGAUGGUGCAUAAUGCGUAGAUUGGUGUCAUGAUUUUACGCUUGGAUUGGGUAUUUAUGAGGCUUAUUUGAGUGAAGGAUCGUGACGGUAGAUUAUUCAAUAAUACUAACAAUGUUUACCGUUG